CUCACAAAUGGCUGGUUGCUGCCAUGAAGACUGUAAACGGGAAGGAAAAUUCACUCUAGCGAUCGUAAUGGUGGUGAAAAAAGACCGAAUUGUGUAAACACCGUCGCACGAAAGCCGAAUUUUAUUUUUCAAGACGACACAAAACAUGUCAAGGGUUCACUUGGUGGACAUUAUUUUGUCAGCUGACCCUUCACUCAAGGCGCACUUCCGAGACAAAAUCGAGCAGAUCACGAAUGCUUCUUGAGCUUGCGGACUCUCAGCAGACACAUAAAGGCUCGACGGCUCUGCGUUUUAUUUGUUUCACGAAAAUCAUUGAAAUAUUCGUCCAUCCGAAAUCCUGAACGGCCGUAAAUGAUAUUGACUCUUGGUAGAAAUUGUGACACGUACCUUUGAAAUGUGAGUGAGAAAUUGCAGCUUCCAAUAGGGAUUUAAUUUCUUGAGUCUCUUACGCGUUGUUGUCGCUACAAAAUGAAGGGAGGGAAAAAAGGAAAAAGAAUAUAGUAGCGCAUUUGGAGGCACGUUUCCCAUGAUGCAUUGGGGACAAACAUACAUGCCGAAACACGAAUUACACGAACGCGCCAUGCGAAGCACUAUAAGCACAUUCUUAGUUUAGGAAUGUAUUGAUUAAAGUUCAGUUUAAAAAUAUAUGUUUGGCUUUCAAACUAUAUUUCACCUGGGAAGGAAAUAGUGCUAAACACAGUUUUGGAGUUAUUGACUUAGAGUUGUAAAUCAUUUUUACUCGCUAAUAUUUUAUUUUAGUGUAUUUUGGCGUUAUUAUAAUAAAUUUAAACAUUCUUGUAAUUUAUAUCCAAACCUAAAGGAGCACUCAUAAUUUAGUAUCACGUGGCAUACCACAUAUGUAUGACCAUAUUUCACUGAUAAUUGAAAAUAUCGAUGAACUCUUCAAGACGACAUACAUUGAAAUAGAGCUCUAAGUAUUAAUUUAAAAACAAGCUGUUUGGUAGUUACAAUAUUGAUCCUGUAGGCGGAGCCAAAGUGCGCCUCUACAAAGAGCUUCUCAAAAGAAGAAGACUACUUUAAUUUCUUUCAACUCCAACAUGGCCGCUGCCAGGAGGCUGAAACGCGUGGUGGCCUCGCAGCCAGGCUUUUUAAGUUUAAAGUCUUCGGAUCCCACAGGGGAGGUUGGUAGUCGAAGGAAGCGCUUUAACAAGAAUAAGAAAAAGAACUGGAACAAACACAGCGACAUUCAUGACGUCGAGGAUUUUUUAGACGACAUCAGGCAUCAGGAGAGGACCACCGGUGGCCUGUUGACAGAGAAGUCUGAUGACAGUUUAUUCUUUCUGGAUGUUGGGCAGAAACAAAAAGAUGAUCACAAAGCAUCAGAGCAGGUGGUAAGCAAGAAGAGGAAAGGGAAGUCGCAGCGUCCUCUCAGGAUCGACCUGAUCCUCCAGCAAAACUCUCUUGUCCCACCAGUUAAAGAUGUGCUCUCCUACCAGCAGCCCAAUGCAAAGAAACUUCGUUAUAAUGCCAAGAGGGUAGAGCAGCAGGCAGCCAAAGGCAUAGUGCCACGGAGGCAGCGAAUGCUCCUCAACAGACGGUCGUCGAAUGCAAGAGCAAAAAAGGCAGUGACAGAGGCCAACAACAACCCAAACAGAGACUAUUAUGACAUCUGGGGACAAGAGUCCAAAAGUUCAGCAGAUCCAUGGUACCUUCAGCAGACUGGCAAGAAGCUGGUCAAGCGGGCAGAGAAAUUGAACGAGAAGCCAUCUGUGCUACCUGCAGUGGAGGUGAUCGCUCCCGGAGGUUCCUACAAUCCAGACUUCUUCUCCCAUCAGGCUUUACUGCAAGAGGCCCACGAUGUGGAGGUUAAGAAACAGAAAGCGGAAACCAAAAUUGAGAGACAGCUGGCCAGCAACAAAGAAGAUCGAGCAACAGAGGACACUGUCUUUCAGGAACGAGUAGAAGGCCUGGUGGAGGAGAAUGAAGAUGACGAAGUGCCUCGUAUCGAGGAAGAAGAGGAGGGUGGGGUUGGAGGAGCCAUCGCACUAGCAGAGAAGAAGACUGAGAGACAAAGGAAGAGAGAAAAGGCAGAAAAAAUUAAGGAGCAACAACGGCUGGCUGAAAGACAUCAGACAGAAAAACGACAGCAGCUCUUCCAGCUUCGCUCUAUCAACGCUGCCAUCAAACAGCAAGAAAAGAGAACCUGUGCAAGAUGGAAACAACGGAAGGCCAAGAUGGAGGCCCAGAAAGCUCAGCCAAGACGUCUUGGCAAACUCAAGUUUCAGGCGGAGGACCUUGAAAUCAAACUAAGUGAUGAACUUACCAGUUCCCUACGACAACUAAAGCCAGAGGGCAGCAUCCUCAAGGACCGCUUUAAGAGUCUGCAGAAGAGGAACCUGAUUGAACCCAGAGAGCGAGCAAAGUUCAAGAGGAGGUACAAGCUGAAGUAUGUGGAGAAGAGAGCUUUUAGAGAGAUCACUUAAUGCCGCAGACCACAGAAGCAGAGCCUGAGAAAACAGGAGUGCUUUAAAAGCCACAAAUGCAACAUAAUUGAACCAUGUGUAUAUACAGCGUAAUGACUCUCUCUGACCUUUUCAGGCAAUCCAACCAUUUUACACAAGUAUUAUGACAUUUAAUUGAUAAAAAAAAAACAAAUGAGGUGUAGCAGUGUGAUUUGUGUCUGGCCUGGUCUACAUAGAUCAGUUCCCCAUUUUGACCUGGUGAUGAUGGUUCUGUGAGUGAUGUAAAUGACUUUGUUCAUGCCCAGUGAUGUUUUGCUACCAUUCAAUAGUGAUUUCCAACUAAGCACAAUAACAAGCUCGGUUAUGUUAAGUGUGAUUGUGCAGGGGAUUUGUUCAGAUUUAAAUUCACUUUUGUUAAAUAAAUAUCAGAUACUCUAUUUCUAAUUUAGUUGAGGGUUUUGACUUGUGAACAGUUUUAUGUAUUUGACAUAAGACUCCAAGUAGAGUUAAUAGUAUUUAUGUUUCUAAGGAAGCAAGCUGAUGGGAUUAGGAGUCUGGGCUAAGGUGAUAAUUGAUGUCAGGCCACCAUCUUAAUGUCAGUGUAAUCAUAAUGUUAAUUGCCUUCAGUGCCCUAAAGAAGUGAAUGAGGUGCGACCACUUUGUCCGUUGUUGCCUGGAGUUUCAACAAAGCCUCUUAGCUGCUAAUCGGUGUGAAAAUGUAAUUUUUUACCUUAGAGACAGAGGUGCACUCCUCCCAAAAGAUAUGUCGCUGCUUGCCACAAGUGUAUUCGCCACAUAAGUGCAUUGUGUGUGUCACCCAACUUAAUUACUUCUACCUGCAGUGAGUUUAAUCAAAAUCUCCAGUUUGUCUCCAAGGAAACAAAUCAAUGUUUGUGUCCCCAACCUUU